CGAGCCCACAGUGCGCGUGCGCGAGAGGAGCCCCGCCCCUCCCCGUACCGCAGCUCUGCUGGGCCGGGAUCGCCGCAGGCUAGGCUGGGGAGCUUCGCGCCGCCAGAGCGUCAGACCUGCGUCCAGAGGUUCCUGCGGGCAGCAGUGCUCUGAGUCCCGACGAGGAGGCCAAGAAGGCUCUCCAACUCAGGCCUGACUGCUGGAGGCUCGUUUGCAAGGCCCGGAGCCCUGGGUCAGCCUUUGUGCUCAGGGAAAUGGACUGCAGGGGCCCAGAGAACGCCCCCAUAUUCUUGGGAUUCAUACAAGUCGUGGACACCUAGGAACUGCCUCUGCCUGGGCCAAAGCUCUACCAUUAAAACUUCAUUGCUGUGCUUAAGUUCUCACACCUCAUCUCUAUUAAUUUACAUAAUCACAUGAGUUACAAUUUAGGAUAAGAUUUAAACAAAUAACAAGCCCAUGUGACACCUCCCCUGAAGACUCACAGUCUGUGGGGAGACCGGUGGACAGGUAGGGGCUGGGGGCUCACCCUCUGCCCUGUUGUCCCUGGCUCCAGAAGAACUGGACUUCUCAGCUGGGUCCCCACCUUUGAAAUGGGGCUUGUGCCAGGAGCUAGACUCCACCUUCCAUCUCUCUAGGGACGCAUUUGCAGUGUGUGAAUCCCCAGGAGCCAUCCAGCCCUGCAGUCUUGGAAUCACUACCCACAGAACCCAGGUGGUGGCCUAGGGCCCCUGUCUCACACCCCCCACUUACCCCGAUAGACAGAGCUGUCCUUCCGGGAGCCAGCAUGGGGAGCACAGCUGUGGCCCCUGGGCUGCCUUUCCUUUUGCUUGCCUCAUCCCCUCCCUGCUCUCUAACAAAUUCCCUGAGAAAAAGCCACAAUUCUAGUUAAGUCACCUCACCCCCCCCCCCCAGGAGGGCAGGGACUGGACAGAGCUAUGCCCUGAACCUCCCCUGUGGCCGGUGGCUCCUCUGAGGUCAGCUCUACCCAUGCCCCCACCAAGUCCAACAGGUGAAACCCAGGAAGGGGUCAGAGCCUGAGAUGUAGGGUCAACCUGUGAUGGAGACAGGACACUGGCAUCGUGGGGCUGUGUGUUUAUCCUGAGGGUACAAAAGGGACCUCAACUCUGGGCUUCAUGCCUGCCUCACAGGGUGAGGAGACUGUGUGGACCGGGAGUGCUCUCCCUCUGCCCAUGCUGGAGUAGUGGCAGGAACUCGCUGCCCACAUAUUCCCAGCCCACUUGUAGUGCCCCACCAGGGGGCAGGGAGGAGUGUGAGGGGCUGUCCACAAGCAGGAGCAGGAAGCCCCUCAGCACAGAGCAGGGUGGGAUGGGAUUUGGGCUCUGGGUCAGGCGGCUCUCCCCCCAACACCCACAUCCUGGGACAAGACUGAGGAGACCAGGAAUUCCAACUUCGAAACUGAUGUCCCAGAAAUUUAUGGAAGUGUUUUUGUCAAGGGAGGAGACUAAAUCGUUUUAUAUAUCUAUCUCUGAAUCUGAUUUGUAACUUUUGAAAUACAGACGUAUGAUGUGGCCUCCACCUGCACUUGCCCUUACGCCGGCUCCCCAAAGUUAGGGCCAGGUCUGCUCACUGUGUUUCAGGAGCACCCCACCCCUGGCGGCCCGUGGGAGGCCGCAGCUUUGAGGUCUGCGGUGAGUCCCGCGGGAGAUGGCCCCGGGGGUGCCCGCGUUGUUGUUGCUGUUGUUGCUGCUGCCGUCGCCGCUACCCGGGCUCCCGCCACGCGCCGCCGGCUGCCCAGCCGCCUGUCGCUGCUACAGCGCCACGGUGGAGUGCGGCGCCCUGCGGCUGCGCGCCAUCCCGCCUGGAAUCCCGCUGGGCACGCAGACGCUGUUCCUGCAGGACAAUAGCAUCGCGCGCCUGGAGCCGGGCGCCCUGGCGCCGCUCGCCGCCCUGCGCCGUCUCUACUUGCACAACAACAGCCUGCACGCCCUGGAGCCCGACACCUUCCGCGCGCAGUCGCGAUUGCUGGAACUUGCGCUCACUGGCAACCGGUUGCGCGGCUUGCGCGGCGGCGCUUUUGCCGGGCUGGCGCAGCUGCGCGUGCUCUACUUGGCGGGCAAUCAGCUGGAGCGACUGCUGGAUUUCACUUUCCUACACCUGCCGCGCCUGCAGGAGCUGCACCUGCAAGAUAACAGCAUUGAGCUGCUGGAGGACCAAGCCCUGGUAGGGCUCUCCUCUCUGGCCUUGUUGGACCUCAGCAGGAAUCAGCUGGGCACCAUCAGCCGCGAGGCCCUGAGGCCCCUGGCCAGCCUGCAGGUCCUGCGUCUCACAGAGAACCCAUGGCGCUGUGACUGUGCCCUGCACUGGUUAGGCACCUGGAUCAAAGAGGGGGGGCAGCGGCUGCUCAGCUCCAGGGACAAGAAGAUAGUGUGUGCAGAGCCCCCGCGCCUGGCACUUCAGAGUCUCCUGGACGUAUCUGGUAGUAGCCUCAUUUGCAUCCCACCCUCUGUGCACGUGGAUCCUCUGGAGAUGACAGCCAACCUGGGUGAGGACCUGCGGGUGGCCUGCCAGGCUUCCGGCUAUCCGCAGCCCCUGGUCACCUGGAGAAAGGUCAGCCAGCCUCGCGAGGGACGGCCUCGGGCCCAGGCCCAGGCCGAAGGCGAGGCGCCGGGCCUGGGCGGGCACGGAGCCCCCGACACGGGCAGCGGCAUGCUCUUCCUCACCAACAUCUCCUUGGCGCACGCGGGCAAGUACGAGUGCGAGGCCUCCAACGCCGGCGGCGCCGCCCGCGUGCCCUUCCAGCUCCUGGUCAACCUGUCCCAGCAGCAGCGGCUGCCGGCGCCCCCGUCGCCCCCGGCCGCCGGCCCGGUCAGCCGCGAGCCCCUGUACGAGGCGGGCAGCAUGGCCUUCCGCGCCCUGGGCCUGGCCACGCAGACGGCCAUCGCGGCAGGCAUCGCGCUGCUCGCGCUCACGGCGCUGCUGCUGGCGGCCAUGAUCUGCCGCAAGCGGCGCAAGCGGAAAAAGGCGGCGGGGCCGCCGGGGGAGAGCGUGCUCUUCGUCAACGACUACUCGGACGGGCCUUGCACCUUCGCCCAGCUCGAGGAGCUCCGCGACGAGCGGGGCCACGAGAUGUUCGUCAUCGACCGCUCCAAGCCCCUCUUCACCGAGGGGCCGGUGGCCGAGGCGCUUCCGGACCGCGCUCCCGCCGAGGGCGCCGCGCCCGGCUCGGCCCCGGGCCUCCUCUUCCCGCCGCCGGUCGCCUACGAGCUCCACUGCUGAGGCGGCGGCGGGCGGCGCGCGCUGAUGACGUGUCCGGCGGGCCCCGCGGAUUGGCUGCCCAGCCUCGCGCAUGCUCCGACGCAAGCGUCAGUAAAGGGUGGAAGCUGCGCAGUGUGCGCCGAGCAGUGUGUGGGGGUCGCGGGCUGCACCGGCCGGGGCCAGAGGCCGCUCCGCCCACCUGGCCGCCGGUAGCCCGCGUCCGGGUCGGCGGACGAGGGGCUCCGCAGGGACGGGCGGCCGGGAGACUCCCGGAACACCCCGCUGAGCCCCGAGAAAUCACCCAUCUGCCCAGCCCCCACGCUCUGCAGGGGCUCAGCUCUGGCCCCGUCCGGCCUGUCCUGCUGUGGGGCCGCCCCAAGGUGCAGGGACCCGGGCUGUGGAGAUUCCCGGACGGAGGAACAAGGGCUCGCGGGUGACAAGAAGCAGGGGAGUUGCCUGGGGUUCCUAGGAAAGGCUGGGGGGGGGGGUGAUGACCCGCUGGACGGCAGCCGUUACCUAACGGCCCGACCCAGAUGGGCACGACUGGCUCGGCUAAUAAGGACAACACAGCCGUAGACUCAAGUU